GCAGUGACCAAACCGCAUCAACCACACGACCCAGCCGCAUUCUGCUAUUUUCUCAGCGCUCAUCGCAUCACACUCACUUCUACGUGUCGCAACUGUCAACACCAUUGCAACUGAACUCGCAUACCACAUUACAAGCACCACUCUCCAAGAAUGGCGCACCACGACAACGACUACGACAUGGACAUGUCCGACGACGCAAACGAAGACCUCAACACUCGCAACUCGCACUCAAACGGCGCCUCGCGCACCCAAGACCUCGGAAAGACAAAAGCCGGCUCGAAGAAUGCAGAAGGCAGUCGAGCACGCUGGGAAGCCGGCGCGCAAAAGAAUUGGGAUCUCCACGAAGGCGAUGAUGGAAACCUCAGCAAUGUCCUCGGUGGUAUGGAAGAAGCGACCAAAAGACUACGUCUGCAAAAGGAUACAACACCUUUGCAACGAGGUAUUAUACGACAUUGUUUGCUGGUUUUGGAUCUAUCUCUUGCUAUGUUGGAGAAGGAUUUACGGCCGACGAGGUUCCUGCUUACGAUUUCCAAUACGAUGAGUUUUGUGAGGGAGUUUUUCGAGCAGAAUCCUAUUUCUCAGUUGGGGAUACUGGGCAUGAGAGAUGGACUUGCGGUGAGGAUUUCUGAGCUCAGUGGGAAUCCUAAUGAUCAUAUUACUGCGUUGAAAGAGUUGAGGAAUACAGAGCCAAAGGGAGCUGCGAGUCUGCAGAAUGCAUUGGAUAUGGCAAGAGCGGCAUUAUACCAUACACCAUCCCACGGCACCAGGGAGGUCGUUAUCAUUUUGGGCGCACUGUCAUCGUCGGAUCCUGGAGAUAUCCACGCAACUAUCAAUGCCUGUGUGAGGGACAAAUUACGCGUCACGGUCAUUGGUCUUGCGGCUCAGAUGCACAUCUGCGCCGACCUCUGCGCACGCACAAAUUCCGGCGAUACAUCAAGCUACAACGUCGCCCUCGACGAACAACACUACCGCGAACUACUCCUUCAAAUCACUACUCCGCCCGUCAUGCGCACAACAAAAUCCUCCCCCAACACCACCGAAGCAUCAAAAUCCGCGCUACUACAAAUGGGCUUCCCAUCACGCUAUACAGAGGAAAAAGCAACUCUAUGUGCCUGUCAUGGAGUUCUCACUCAAGGAGGUUACAACUGCAGUCGUUGUGCAGCAAAAGUCUGCAGUCUGCCUCAAACAUGUCCAGCCUGCGAUCUUACACUCAUUCUCUCCACCCAUCUCGCACGCAGUUACCACCACCUAUUCCCUCUCCUUCUCUGGAAUGAAGUUUCCUGGUCCAGAGCAGUGCAGAAGAAGUCUACCAGGUGUUAUGGCUGUUUGUCACCUUUUCCGCAUGUUGCUAGGGGUGGAGAUGGAGUAGCAGGAGCGGGGCAGGGUAAAAGAGCUGAAGGUGCGAGUGAGAGUUCGAGGUACGAGUGUCCCUCCUGUGAGAGGCAUUUCUGCGUCGAUUGUGAUGUUUUUUGCCAUGAGGUUGUGCAUAAUUGUCCAGGGUGCACUAGUGGGAGGGUGAUGGCUGACGGGGACGGGAUGCGAGGAAAUGGUGACCAGGAAGAUGGGGAUGUGGUGAUGAAUGGACAUGUUAACGGUAGUAACAGCAAUGGGAAUGGGUUUGCUGUUGCUGUUGCAGCAUAAGAGCGGAGGAUGGCAAAAAAAACCACAGAUUACGAAUCACGAAUAUACAUUGCUUGCAAGAUACAAGGAGGGUGCAAAACUUUUAUGGAUCUUUCUUGAGUCGCAGGUCUUUGAGCAUCGUAGAUCAAUCUCAAGUUUGCGAGACUCCAUUCCACAUCCUCCCCCUGAUAGGUAAACUUCAUUCUCAAAAUCUUACGACACAGCAACAGC